AUGGCAAGAGGCCCGUAUGUUUACUCACUUUGACGUGAAAGAGAUGAAGUACACCAAUGAUUAAUAGUCAUUGGGCUGGGAAAAAUCUAAAAUAAGCCCAUGGAAAAACAUUAAUUUGUUUAAUUCCAUGGCAUACCAGUUGAUUUUUAUCAACUUGGAUGGGAGCCUUGUCGUGAUUCAAAUAUAAGAAACCAAACAACCGAAGACGUGGCAUGUCCUUUUGAACCUCUAUCUAUCUGUCUGUCUGUCUGUUUGUUUCUAUUUUGAAUGCGACGUAGAUUUCAUCUCUUUCAUUUUCAUUUUGAAUUAUUAACUAACUUGUUUUCAGAAAACAUCAUUUAAAAAGAUUAGCAGCUCCAUCUCAUUGGAUGCUUGAUAAAUUAUCAGGUACUUAUGCACCAAGACCAAGUGCUGGUCCACAUAAAUUAAGAGAAUCAUUACCAUUAAUUGUAUUUUUAAGAAAUAGAUUAAAAUAUGCUUUAAAUGGUAGAGAAGUUAAAGCUAUUUUAAUGCAACAACAUGUUAAAGUAGAUGGUAAAAUUAGAACUGAUACUACCUAUCCAACUGGUUUCAUGGAUGUAAUUACUUUAGAUGCUACAAAUGAAAAUUUUAGAUUAAUUUAUGAUGUUAAAGGUAGAUUUGCUGUUCAUAGAAUUUCAUCAGAAGAAGCUUCAUAUAAAUUAGCAAAAAUUAAAAAAGUUGCACUAGGUAAAAAAGGUAUUCCAUAUGUUGUUACUCAUGAUGGUAGAACUAUAAGAUAUCCAGAUCCAUUAAUUAGAGCUAACGAUACUAUUAAAAUUGAUUUAGUAACUGGUAAAAUUGAUGAUUUUAUUAAAUUUGAUACUGGGAAAUUAGUUAUGGUUACUGGUGGUAGAAAUAUGGGUAGAGUUGGUGUUAUUACACAUAGAGAAAAACAUGAAGGUGGUUUUGAUUUAGUUCAUAUUAAAGAUAAAUUAGAUAAUACUUUUGUUACUAGAUUAUCAAAUGUUUUCAUUAUUGGUGAAGAACAAUCAAAACCUUGGGUUUCAUUAUCUAAAGGCAAAGGUAUUAAAUUAUCAAUUACUGAAGAAAGAGAUAGAAAAAGAAGACAAGAUGGUUUAAUUGCUUAA